AAUCCUGACAACACAUCCAGAUCUUCUAGAGAAGUUCUGGCAACCAAGCAUGGCUGCUGCAUCUUCUCGUGCCAAGCUCCUCCUGACCUUGGUCUUGCUGCAGGCUCUGUGGGACUCGGCCGCGCCGGCCUGCUCCAUCGACGCCAUCUACAGCUUCGGGGACUCCAUCGCCGACACCGGCAACCUCCUCCGCGAGGGCCCCGUGGGCUUCUUCUCCUCCAUCGGCAGCUACCCCUACGGCCAGACCUACCGGAAGCCCACCGGCCGCUGCUCCGACGGCCUCCUCAUCAUCGACUACUUCGCCAUGGCGCUCGACCUGCCGCUGGUCAACCCGUACCUGGACAAGAGCGCCGACUUCAGCGGCGGCGUCAACUUCGCGGUGGCCGGCGCGACGGCGCUGGACCGCACGUACCUCCUGCAGAACGCCAUCGUGAUGCCGCCGGGGAACACGCCGCUCAGCUCCCAGCUCGACUGGUUCAAAUCGCACCUCAACGACACGUGCCAGCAAGAUUGCGCGAAGAAGCUGGCCGGAGCCUUGUUCUUGGUCGGGGAGAUCGGCGGGAACGACUACAACUACGCCUUCUUUCAGAAGAGGUCCAUCGAGGCCGUCAAGGCGUACGUGCCACUGGUCGUGAAGAGCAUCAUGGACGUCGCAAAGGAGGUGAUCGAGCUGGGAGCGACCCAGAUCAUCAUCCCGGGGAACUUCCCGAUAGGGUGCUCGCCGAGCUACCUCUCCCUCUUCUCCGCCGCCGGCUCCACGGACCACGACGAACGGGGCUGCCUCAAGAGCUACAACGCCUUCGCCGCGUACCACAACGAGCAGCUCCAGGCGGCCAUCGUCGACCUCCGCAUGGUCAACGCCGACGUCUCCGUUGUCUACGCCGACUACUACGGCGCCUUCCUGCACCUCCUCGACCACGCCUCCGUCCUAGGGUUCGACGAGGGGUCGCUGCUGAAGGCCUGCUGCGGCGCCGGCGGGGAGCACAACUUCGACAUGGACAUGAUGUGCGGCGGGCUCGGGGCGAGCACGUGCGCCGACCCGGCACGCCACGUGAGCUGGGACGGCAUCCACCUCACACAGCAGGCCUACAGGGCCAUGGCGCUGUCGAUCCUCAUGGAAGGGUUUGCCCAGCCUGCCGAAAGCGUGCAGGAUAUAUGGAGCUGCUGGUGAUAGCUCAUGGAGCUCGCGCGCGUUGUUCUAGGUUCUAGCACAACUAGUCUAGCGUCGUCAUCGAUGGGUUGCCUUCGCUCGGUUUGCUUGCGGCUUGCAAAUGUCAGCUCCAUUUUCGGUUACGAUCACACAAUCUCACAGCAUCCCUCUUCUUGGUUUCCUUGAAAAUAUAGGGCCAUGCCUUAAUUUAUCGUUCACAUGCCAGGCGGUGCACCUGCGGUGCGCGUUGUAGGAUGCUUAAACCUGUUGUACUCUCAGCUUGCCACACGGGGGGCUUCUUGAGUCACUGGUUUAGAUGAUGUUUGUUGAUGCGA